GCCUCCGACUGACUUUUGGGCUGGGGAGGGGUGGGAGUGGGGGUGAGAAAGUUGGGGGGAGGGGUCGGGGACGGAGGGACCAUUCGCAUGUUGGCUCGCAAUGAAGCAACGCUGAGAUAUUGUUUUGGAUCAUGCCAAUCGAGGAAAAUCUUCCCCUUCUCCCACCCUCCAAACAGACUAGGUAAUAAGAAUGUGCCCCUUGUGGGGGCACCUAAUAGAGGACCAGGAUGCUACCUCAAGGAAGAUCCUACUAGCCUGGCGUACAGCCUUACUAAGACCCCUAUGAGCAAAAAGGGAUAUGUCAUUGGAUCCAGGACAAGUCAGAGGUUUCGAGCAGACCACAAGGAGACAAAAACCAGUCCAACUUCAUAUCAGACAUCAUUGGCUUUUAAGCGUGGAUGUUCUCUUCCUCAUUAUGCACCAUUUAACAGCAUUUCAUCUCGAUUUGAUGAGAAGAUCACUGAUUCAUCAUAUUUCCCUGGACCUGGAACCUAUAAUCCAAAGACCUUGUUUUCCCGGAAAGUCACUUGGCCAAUGAAAUUUGGGUCUCCAGAUUGGGAUCAAGUGCCGGUCUUAAAGAGAAGGACCCUAAAAACUGAGCUGAUAACAGACAAAGAAUUCAGGAUACAUCGGAACCGAGUAGCCUACCUGAGCCUGUAUUACAGCUGAGAGGGAUCUUUCUCACAUCCUGUUCACCCCCUGAACCAAAUCUAGCCUUUAAACCAUAAGGCAAGAUGGCCCUGUAACCCUCUUGGCUGCCAGGGUUGAGCCCUCAGUGGAGAGAGUGGUUCGUUCUAAGUCCCAAAAUAGUACUCCUUAAAGACUUAGAGCAUACCAUC